AUGGACCCUGAAGUUCCCGGUAUCUUAUACUGCUCAGUUUACAUAAAUCACAACUACGAUCUGUUCUUAAGUGAAAGAAGAAGGAGGAGGCGUGCAUUAUUAGUAAGUUGUAGUACAUCUGAAGCCAAUACUAAGGUAUCGGUGAAGAAGGUAUUGGAGACUUUACUCGACGGCGUAGACGGAAAUGAGAAACCGUUGAAUUAUAAUGCUCGAACGAAGUUGCUUGCAGCUGGAAUUUAUUUAUUGUAUGCCGAAGGACGACACGUGAAUGAUUUACUUCCAAUUCUGUUGGAACUCUACCGAAAUUUGCCACGAUUAAAAUGGAUUGAUGAUGGUGUUACAAAUCGACAAGAUAGAGUACCAGUGCAGGAGCAGUUCGGACUGUGUUUUAAUACUAUUCUUAGUGAGCUUGCUUCAAAUUAUUCAGAUGUGCGUGAUGUUAUUAUCUCUGCACAAAUCGAAUUGCUUGUGGUCAUUUGUGAUAUUAUUGUAAAUAUUUGUGAUCAAGUGCAACCACAAUUCCAAACAAAAUGCUACCUUAUGCGACUUAUUUGUUUUAUGAUUGGAUUACUUCGGGCAUUCGGACGGUAUAGUGGUAAUAAGGAUCACCCAUUGAUUUCCACUAUUUAUCCUGUACCAUUCAUGAUCAGGAACACAGAUGCGCGCAUUAAUCAGAUAGAUGGAAGUAAUAGAGUGGAGGCUCUUCGGUUAACAACCGAUUCUGAAAAUUUGCUCUGGAAUGAUGCUAUCAAUACAGAAAAACAGGACCAGAAAGAACGUUUGCAAAAGAUGUUCUCCAAACAUGCGAGUAGCUUUGUAUUGCCUCCUGUUUUCAGCAGCAGUCUUCCAAAAUUCAAAUUCACACCUGCCGAAUUGAAUUCAUUCUCUGAUAUUAUGGAACGGUUGUUGAGAAGACCACUACUGGAUGUCAUAGAUGCAUAUGCUACCGAUGUAUAUAUGGCUGGACAGAUCAAACGUUUCCCAUACAAAACAUUAUCGGAAUGUCUUUCACUGGUUUUUGUAACGGCCGCUAGAGAUGCUUAUGCACCGUAUGAUAUGUUAAAGCUCGAAAAAUCAUUAACCCAAAAAUUUGCUCGAAGGGUGAAGACACUUGCAAUAGAACUAUAUUCGAAGGGAGAAGAUUUUCUGAAUACGCAGAAAUUAAGCGAGGAUGAACGAACAUCACGUUCUCCACUAUUGAUUAAUCGAGCGAAAAUGAAUGUUCUUUGCAGCUCGGUUUGUCUUGAACUUAUGGUUUGGGCUACAUGCGACGAAAUCGAUGCAGAGUCACUUCAUGCUACAAUAGACAGUCGGCUUUGGCAGAUUCAUGGACAUCGUCAUGCAUCAGCCAAAAUAUCUCUAAUAAUGAUGGCUUUGGAAGCACUUAGCUCACUUGCCGUUAAAUUCCCGACAAUUGCUGCAACACUGGCGGUUAACAGUCUUAGCCAGUUCUUAGUAGAACCUUCACCUGUUCUUUCAAAAUUGGCUAUAGAUCUUGGCGUAAUGGAGAAGCGUGUUUUCAAUGAGGGAGAUAGAAAAGAUGAAGAAAUGGUAAAAAAAAAGCUAACUUUUGAAAGUAUACGGAGAUUGGCAAUAAACUCGCUUUGCAGUGACACGGCUUUGGCUUUGGAAAAUGCAAUGCAUAUCGUUGGCGGAAUUGGUGCUGCGUUAGUUGAUAUGGAAAAUGUUCCGCAACUUGCUUUCAAAGUUUUUCAACAAGCGUUAACAGAAACAUCGACGAAUCAUGGUGUCAUUGUAGCGGAACUGGCUAAUAUGUGGAUAGCUGGCGCG